AUGUGUUACCUUUGCCGCAAAGCCCUUGGCCCACCAUUAACUCGAAUCCGUGUGAAUGGCAGACGCUUGUUCCGAGAUGUAGAUAAUCAGUUUGGUGCGGUAUUUGAUGGCCCUGCAGAUAUCGAUAAUGGUUCCGGCGACGAGUCUGCAGACGACGAACAAGAAGGAGAAGGCUAUAGGCAUUUUUGCGAGCACUUCCGUACCAACCCUGGGUCCCGGUGCGCUGAGUGCAAUAAGUGCGAUCUCUACUUGGCUGAAGACGAAGAGCUCGUCGCUCAACGCGCUGGAGAGAAAGCUGAGCGCGAAUGGAAAUAUCGUCAGAACCUUGACCCUAUCUCCCACCGCCACCUUAACAGCAUAAAUUCUCGACUUGAUGGCUACGGGGCCGAUAAAUUGCACCUCCACGCCAGUAGACAUACUGCUUCCUGGAACUGGAACUGGCAACUUGAUUCAAGAGACUGGAGAGCACAAUGUCGAUUUUGGGUGCAGGAUGUCUGGCGUGAUGGGAGGUGGAAAGGGGAAGCACAGUAUCUGGUUGAUAGACUUGUGGAGAUGUUGAUUGUUGUCGAGGCUUAA